CAACAACAAAGGAAUAGCCCACCAUGGCGACCGCAACGAUGACAUACAUGGACAUACCUGUUAAGAGGCGGCUACCGAAGAACAUCAAGCUACCGCCAGAGAAUGAGCGAUACAUGCGCGCAUGCGCCGACAUUGCCUCCGCGCUCGUCCAGGAUUAUGAGGCCCAAGCUGAUGGCUCGAAGCCAAAGAAGGACCUCAACUUGAACCAACUGAGAGGCCAAAUCGCAAAAAGACAUUACCUGAAGACCCAACCGCCGCUCACAGCGAUUAUCGCAGCGGUGCCCGAGCACUACAAGAAAUAUAUUUUGCCGAAGUUGAUUGCGAAGCCGAUUCGUGAGUAUUCUGAUUGGUCAGCAUCGGAUCCUAUACUGACAUGCAUUGUAGGAAGUGCAUCGGGUAUUGCAGUCGUGGCGGUGAUGUGCAAGCCGCAUCGCUGCCCGCACAUUGCAUACACAGGAAAUAUCUGCGUCUACUGUCCUGGAGGCCCAGACUCGGAUUUUGAGUACUCGACACAGUCUUACACAGGAUAUGAACCGACGUCUAUGCGGGCCAUCCGAGCGCGCUAUGAUCCUUAUGAGCAGGCGAGAGGUCGUGUUGACCAGAUCAAGUCGCUUGGUCACAGUGUUGAUAAGGUUGAGUACAUUAUUAUGGGCGGCACGUUCAUGUCGCUGCCAGAGUCGUACCGGGAUGAGUUCAUUUCACAGCUUCACAACGCACUGUCUGGGUACCAAACGAAGGACGUGGAUGAAGCCGUUGCGGCUGGCGAGAUGAGCAAUACCAAGUGCGUGGGUAUCACCAUUGAGACACGACCGGACUACUGCCUGGACCAGCACCUGUCUUCAAUGCUUCGGUACGGCUGCACACGUCUCGAGAUCGGAGUCCAGUCUCUCUACGAAGACGUAGCGCGCGACACAAACCGCGGUCACACCGUCGCCGCCGUCGCAAAGACCUUCUGCCUCUCUAAAGACGCCGGGUUCAAAGUGGUAUCGCACAUGAUGCCCGACCUGCCCAACGUCGGCAUGGAGCGCGACCUCGACCAAUUCAUCGAAUACUUUGCGAACCCUGACUUCCGCACCGACGGGCUCAAAAUUUAUCCUACCCUCGUCAUCCGCGGCACAGGACUCUACGAGCUCUGGCGAACAGGACGGUACAAGAACUACACGCCCAACGCGCUCAUCGACAUCGUGGCCCGCAUCCUGGCCCUCGUACCGCCGUGGACGCGCAUCUACCGCGUGCAGCGCGAUAUCCCGAUGCCGCUCGUUACCUCUGGUGUUGAGAACGGCAACUUGAGAGAGCUGGCACUGGCGCGCAUGAAAGACUUCGGCACCACAUGCCGCGACGUGCGAACGCGCGAAGUCGGCAUCAACGAAGUGAAGCACAAGAUCCGGCCCGACCAGGUCGAGCUCGUGCGCCGCGACUACACGGCCAACGGUGGAUGGGAGACGUUCCUGGCGUACGAGGAUCCUAAGCAGGACAUUCUAAUCGCCCUGCUGCGGCUGAGGCAGUGCUCCAAGGAGCACACGUUCCGCGAGGAGUUGACGGGCCAGCCGACAAGCUUGGUGAGGGAGUUGCAUGUGUACGGUAGCGCGGUACCGGUGCAUGCUAGAGAUCCGAAGAAGUUUCAGCAUCAGGGGUAUGGAACGUUGUUGAUGGAGGAGGCGGCGAGGAUUGCGGCGGAGGAGCACGGCAGCAGGAAGAUCAGUGUCAUCUCUGGGGUGGGCGUGAGGAGCUACUAUGCAAAGCUGGGCUACUACCUUGACGGACCGUACAUGAGCAAGGACCUGGAGCCGGAGUGGGAGCGGGAGUAGUAAGCAUUGGGGUCGGACGCCUCACAAGCAUUGCUGGCGUUCAGGGAGAGGCACGGUUGAAGAGCAAAUUGGAGUCGUUCAAAAAAGCUACG